AUGUCUUCUUUAUUCAAGAAAGUUAAUCAUUGGUUGUCGAAAUUCGUAUCGAUAAGAAAAAUCACUGAGCGAAAACGAACAUGUUCUGAUUCUAUGAAACUUUGGAAUAUUCCUACUCAUUUGAUAAAUUCAACUCCUAAAUAUGAAACAUUACUUUAUCAUGUUUCCAGUCCAUUAGCAUUUAUAACUUUAAAUCGACCUGAUAAAUUAAAUACAAUAUCACCUUUGAUGCCAUCAGAAUUACAACAUUCAAUCGUUCGAGCAAAUCAAGAUAAUGCAGUGAAAACUAUUAUACUUCGUGGCAAUGGCACUUCAUUUUGUGCAGGAUUUGAUUUUGGCAAUGAUUUAGCCAAUUUCCCUUCAAAUUUAAGUAAUUCAAUGAAUGAUUGGAAUCCCGGAGAAGAUAUGAUGUUAACUACAUCGAAAUUAACAAGUCCAGUUGCUAAAUUUAUGUCGAUUUGGUAUUCACAUAAACCUGUUAUUGCUCAAAUUCAUGGUUAUUGUGUAGGUGGUGGUAGUGACAUGGCAUUAUGUGCUGAUCUGAUUAUUGCUGCUGAUGAUGCUAUUAUUGGAACGCCUUAUAGUCGAAUAUGGGGCACUUAUUUAACAGGAAUGUGGAUUUAUCGUUUAGGUUUAACAAAAUGUAAAGAAUUAGCCUUAUCUGGUGAAGCUCUUUCAGGAAAAAGAGCAGCUGAAAUAAAUUUAAUUAAUAAAUCAGUUUCAUUUAAUCAACUAGAGAAUGAAGUAUUGAAGACAGGUGAAAAAUUAGCUGAAAUUCCUGUAACACAAUUAGCCACAAUGAAAUUAAUGGUUAAUCAAGUUUAUGAAAAUCAAGGUUUACAUACAACACAAUUAUUAGGUUGUAUUUUGGAUGGUUCAAUGCGUCAUACUCCUGAAGCGAUGAAAUUUGUCGAAACAGCUGCUCAGUUUGGUGUUCAACAAGCAGUCAAACAACGUGAUGCACCUUUUCAAGAUUAUAGUCAGGCGGAUGAAAUCAAUCGUCCUAAGAUUAAUCAUAGAUUUUCUUAUCAACAAGGAAAGACAAAGAGUCAUUUGUAA